GCAAGGAUUGCUGGAAAAGGUUAAUGUGGUAACAGAGAGCAAAGUAUUUUCAGAUAGAAUGAGCCAAAUUGUGGACAUCAAACUUUCCAGGUUUGAGAACUCUCCCUGGGGAUUCAGACUUCAUGGAGGAACUGAUUUUGGAACUCCUCUUCUCAUUCAGAAGGUUAAUAUCAGUUCAUUAUCUGAAUCUGCCGGCCUACAACCUGGAGAUAUCGUUGUCAAGGUGAACGGAGAGAAUGUUGAAAAUCUAAGACACAAGGAGGUUCAAGAGAAAAUAGUUAGAGCUGGAAAUAACUUUAAUCUUACGGUUAACAGAGGUGGAGUAUUGAGCCAGGCACUUAAACCAGCUCCAGUUGCUCCCCAGAGCUCAAUCCCACGUCCGAACCCUGAGGGUCGAGAGUGGAAAUCUAGUUUGGAAGCUGACGCGGCAGGAUCAGCUGAUAAUGCAGAAGAUUUCACCAGACAGUUUAUGGCUCAGCUGAAAGGAGAUAUUCCUUCUGUUUUACCCUCUCCUGGAAAACAAAACGGAAAUUUCAGGCGAGAGCUCUCUAGUACUCCAGUACAUCAAACCGUACCUAACGGUGGUACUCAGUACACUGGUGUGCAGCAUAGUACACUUCAAAACAAAUCCAGGACUCAGACACCAGUUCAAAUCCCGAAGAAUCUGAUGAAUCGCCAGUAUAAUUCUCCUCAAGCACUCUACUCUGAGGAUAAUAUACAAGAAGUCCUCAAUCAGCAGGCUGAAGUCCUUUCCAACGGAGUGAAAGGCGAAAUGGAAGACGACCAUGAAUUGAAUAAUCAAUCAUCCUUCCCAACCAACCCAGCAUCCAACCUAACCCAACAACCCAUCAGCCAUGGUUUGAACAGUGAAACCCUACGAAUGGUUCAUGAGCUGGAUAUUAAAGGCCCAGAACCAGAACCAGGAGUAGAUAUAGAACCUAGUGCAGCUCCCUCACACUACAAGGGUCUUGCCAAUAAAAAUGUUCAGAGCGCAACCUUCAGGAUGCUACAAAAAGCUUUGGAGCGUGGAGACGUAGGUAGUGUGGACCUUGGGGGUAGAGCCCAUGCACCCAAGUUAAAUGAUUCCCCUGAAGGUUCCACCAGGAUGUGCCCUAGUCCGGUCAGCACACUUAACAGACGCCAUGAUUUUCCUGCAGGGAAUCCCCGUCAUGCAUCUCCUUCUCCUGCUUACUCCAGGAAUAUUCAGGGUUCACAUGUACAGACCCAAGGGAGAAUUAAUGUUGAAGGAACAGAUGAUAUUGUAACUACUUCAUGUAAACCAAAGAAAGUAGGAAACAGUUUCCAGUGGCCUCCUGCCCAGCAGGACCAAGGUCCUACAGCUUGUCCUAUGUAUAUCAGUCCUGGAUCAAGGAACAGCAGUCCUGGGCCACGAACCUUCGCAUCUCCUACUCCCACUCCUAUCCCUGCUCCAAGGAAUAUUUCUACUCCAACCCGUAACCUGGAGUCCCCUGCUCCUAUACUGAAACAGCAGUAUGCUGACCAGCACAAUAAUCAUCAUGUUCAGUUCAACAAUAUGCCUGGACAAAAUGCGAGUCCUGAUCAAAACUUGAACAGCAUGCAAAAUGGGAAUAAUAAAUUUAACCUGUCUGGAAAUCCAACUCCUCAAAGCAAUCUUAUUCAAAACCAACAUCAGACUUUUCAACAACAACAGCAAACUUUUCAACAACAACAACAGCAGCAGACAGUUCAACAUCAGAAGGAGACAAGAAGUUCCCAACAAGAAUGGAAAUCAGUCUUGAACUCAAACUCAGUAGCAAUGGCUGACAAUGCCGCAGACUUUACUCGUAACUUUUUGAGUCAGCAGUUGCCAACGCCAUCAGCUGUUCCAGCACCAGCAGCUUCUGCACCUGAAGAACCAGCUGCAGCCCCUGCCGGCCCAGGACAGAAUGUAUCCGCGCCUGUACGAGGACGUGGUGUGCUAACCCAGCAGCGUCCUGGUAUGCGGGUUCCAAUGUGUGGAGCUUGUGAUGGACAGAUAAGAGGUCCCUUUAUAACUGCCAUGGGUAAAACAUGGUGCCCGGCUCACUUCCUGUGCGGGAUGGAGAAUUGCCGCAAAUCGUUGCAAGAAGUUGGAUUCGUAGAGGAAAAAGGUUUACUAUACUGUGAGGACUGCUAUGCAAGGUAUCUGGCUCCAGAUUGUGAAAAAUGCAGGAAGAAAAUAGUUGGGAACUGCUUGAAAGCUAUGGGAAAAAACUUCCAUCCUGAUUGUUUCUGCUGUGCCUACUGUGGAGUCCAGUUUGCCAAUUCUCCGUUUUAUCUAGAGGAUGGAUUACCAUAUUGUGAAACAGACUGGAACGAGUUGUUUACUACUAAAUGUGUCUCCUGUGGAUUUCCUAUAGAAGCUGGGGAUAGAUGGGUGGAAGCUCUAAACAACAACUAUCAUUCACAGUGCUUCAAUUGCACGCUUUGCAAGAAGAACCUGGAGGGACAAAGCUUUUUCGUCAAAUCUGGGAAACCGUUCUGUAAAGGACAUGCCACAAGGAUGUGAAGUGUGUACACGAAAAUACGCAAUUUAUUGUUUCACCAUCCACCAAAUUAUUAUUUUCUGCUAGUUCUGUUCUGUAGCAUUGAAGUGUACUUUUCCAAAUUGUUUUUGUUUGAAAAAGUAUAAAUACUACGAUAUUACAUGAAUGUAUAUAAGUGUUAAACCAUCUAGUCAAUGUCAACUUUAUUAUAUAUAUA